GUACCUGUGGAAUUACCUGUGCGAUCUCUUUGCGGGGGCCUGGGAGCCGCGGGAGCUGAACCCGCUGGGGCUGAGCAUCCCCAGGGCGAGCCCGCAGCAGGUCCAGGCGGUGUCGGAGCUCCUGAGCCGGGCCCAGCGGCCGCUGCUGCUCGUGGGCAGCCAGGCCCUGCUGCCCCCAACGCCCGCCGAGGAGCUGAGCGCGGCCCUGCAGGCCCUGGGCCUCCCCUGCUACCUGGGCGGGGCCGCGCGGGGGCUGCUGCCCCCCCAGUGCCCCCUCCUGCUGCGGCAGAACCGCAGGGACGCCCUGAGGGACGCGGACCUGGUGCUGCUGGCAGGCACCGUGUGCGAUUUCCGCCUCUCCUACGGGCGCCUCUUCGGCCGCGGCACCGCCGUGGUGGCCGUGAACCGGAACCGGGAGCAGCUGCUGAGGAACUCGGACGUGUUCUGGAAACCGCGGCUGGCCGUGCUGGGUGACCCCGCGUCCCUGCUGGUGGCGCUGUCGCGGAGCCUGCCCGGGUUCAGCUGCCCCCGGCCGUGGCUGCAGCGGCUGCGGGAGGCGGAGGAGGAGAAGGAGCGGCAGAACCGUGCCAAGGCCGCGGUGCCCCCCCCGUGCCACCUGAACCCGCUGGCGCUGCUGCGGGCGCUGGACCGGCUGCUGCCCCCCCACUGCCUGCUGGUGGCCGACGGCGGCGACUUCGUGGGGACGGCGGCGUACACGGUGCGGCCACGGCAGCCCCGGGGAUGGAUGGACCCGGGUCCCUUUGGCACACUGGGCGUGGGCGGAGGAUUCGCGCUCGGGGCCAAACUCUGCCGGCCCGAGGCUGAGGUGUGGGUCCUGUUCGGGGACGGCUCCCUGGGCUUCAGCCUGAUGGAGUUCGACACCUUCGUGCGCCACAAGGUCCCCGUCAUCGCCCUGGUUGGCAACGACGCCGGCUGGACCCAGAUCAGCCGCGAGCAGCUCCCCCUGCUGGGCAGCGCCGUGGGCUGCGGGCUGGCCUACAGCGAUUACCACAAGGUGGCAGAAGCUCUGGGCGGGCGCGGCUUCAUCCUGGACAGCCCUGGGGACAGCACAGGGGACAGCGUUGGGGACAGCAUUGGGGACAGCCCUGGGGACAGCCUUGGGGACAUCGAGGACAGGGUGGCGGCCGUGCUGAGGGCGGCCCAGGCCGAGUGCCACCGCGGCCACCCCGUGCUCGUCAACGCCCUCCUGGGGCCCAGCGACUUCCGGCAGGGCUCCGUGUCCGUCUGAGGGACACCGGGGACACCAGAGUGUCACCAGAGUGUCACCAAGGGUCACCAGAGUGUCGUCAAGGGUCAACAGAGUGUCACCAAAUCUC